AUGCCUCUCCUUUCUCUGCCGAAUGAAUUGCUCUUCGAGAUAGCCGCAAGACUCCAAAAUCAGAAAGACAUCAACAGCCUCACAACCACAUGCUGCCAAGCUUAUUCACUACUCAACGGCUACCUGUACAAAUACAACAUACAACAUGGCAAUAGUUCCGCGCUCCUAUGGGCUUUGCAGCGCGGGAGUGUAUCAACAGCCAAAAAAUGCCUGCAAAUGGGUGCAGACCUGGAAGCCGACGUCGCCGGGAGCGACACGCCACCGUUAACCGCCACGAGCUACCGAGAGCCAGACGUCGUACGCUUUCUACUCGAAUCCGGAGCCAACCCCAAUCGACCAGACAUGCUUGGCAACACUCCGUUGAUCGUGGCAUCCCGAGCGGGCGACGAAGCGACGGUGCGCGCACUCCAGGGCGCCAUCAUUGCGGCCGCCGAGUCCGGCCACGCCGCCAUUUGUGAUCUCCUCCUCCCCAAGAUGCAUGGUCUGCAGGACGGGGCCAUCGAUGCCCUGACCGCAAUAAUCCACGCGAUACACCUGCGCCACUCGGCUGUUGUCAAAACGUUUCUGGCGUACGGCGUCGAUCCCAACGGCCGGACCAGAGACCACGAGAGUCCUCUCCUCGAAGCCAUGAAACACUGUCAGACGCCCGCAUCGGCGGAAACAAUCACGCAUCUGCUGGAUGCGAUGGCCGUCCUGGACUCGCCAGACCCCGGGUACAUGACGCCUCUGAUGUACGCGGCAUUGUUGGCAAAUGAAGAAGGAGCCCAGAUCCUCCUCGACCGCGGAGCGGACGUGAACGCCCGCGACGACCAGUUGGCUACUCCGUUGGAAUGGGCUGUCUGA